UCUUUCCACCUUAGGUUGUAGGCAACAAUGGUGUCCCUAGUCACACUCCUAUGCUAUACUCUUCCCGUACUUUUGUUAUUCUUCUUCCAAUUCUGCAGAUCCUUCAAGAAACCAUCCCUUCCACCUGGUCCUAGAGGCCUUCCCAUAAUAGGAAACCUUCAUCAGCUGAAUAAGUCUGAUCUUUAUUUGCAGCUAUGGCAACUCUCAAAGAAAUAUGGACCUAUAUUUUCCCUUCAAUUAGGUUUAAGACCGGCCAUUGUUGUUUCCUCACCUAAAUUGGCCCAAGAGUUAUGGAAAGAUCAUGACCAUGUGGUCAGUGACAGACCUAAAUUAGUUGGCCAGCAGAAACUGUCCUACAAUGGGUUAGAGAUGAUAUUUGCCCCAUAUGGUGAGUUUUGGAGAGAAAUUAGAAAAAUCUGUGUUACCCAUGUCCUUAGCCCCAGUCGUGUCUCAGGGUUUUCCUCAAUAAGACAGUUUGAGGUCAAACAAAUGAUAAAAAAAAUAUCUGGGCAUGUCUCGUCUUCCAAGCCUACAAAUUUGAACGAAGUGCUGAUGUGUCUUUCAAGCACUAUCAUAUGUAGAAUUGCCUAUGGGAGAAGCUAUGAAGACGAAGGAACAGAAAGGAGCAGGUUCCAUGGACUACUCAACGAGUGUCAAGCCAUGUGGGGGACCUUCUUUUUCUCAGACUAUAUUCCUUUUUCAGGUUGGAUCGAUAAACUGAGGGGACUGCAUACACGUCUUGAACGUACUUUCAAGGAGUUCGAUAAGUUCUUCCAAGAAGUGAUUGAUGAACACGUGGAUCCUAAUAGAAACACCCCAGAGAAUGAAGACAUAAUAGAUGUCUUGCUCCAACUCAAGAAGCAGCGUUCGUUUUGUGUAGAUCUCACAAACGAUCACAUCAAAGCUGUGCUCAUGGAUAUGCUUGUAGCAGGAACGGAUGCAACUGCAGCGACAUUAGUCGGGGCUAUGACUGCACUACUACAAAAUCCAAGAGUAAUGAAGAGAGUUCAAGAAGAAAUUAGGACUUUAGGAGGUAAAAGAGAGUUUCUAAAUGAAGAUGAAGUCGCAAAGUUUCCUUAUUUGAGGGCUGUGAUAAAAGAGACACUGAGACUUCAUCUACCAGCACCAUUACUUGUGCAAAGAGAGACAAAUGAAGCGUGUAUGAUAGGUGGUUACGAAAUUCCAGCGAAGACAAUAGUGUAUGUGAAUGCUUGGGCUAUACAUAGAGACCCUGAGGCUUGGAAAGACCCACAUGAGUUUAUACCUGAGAGAUUCUUAGACAGUAGCAUAGAUUCUGGGGGGCAAGAUUUUGAGUUAAUUCCAUUUGGUGCUGGUCGUAGAAUUUGCCCAGGAAGGCCUACUGCAAUUGCUUCAUUGGAUCUCAUUAUUGCUAAUCUUCUGAACUCGUUUGAUUGGGAAUUGCCAUUUGGAAUGGACAAAGAAGACAUCGAUACUGAAGUGUUGCCAGGACUUGCUCAACACAAAAAGAAUCAUCUCUAUGUUUUAGCCAAGUUUCCAAUCUAAAAGUUUUAAUAUAUAUAUAUAUAUAUAUAUAUAUAUAUAUAUAUAUGUGUGUGUGUGUGUGUAAGGUAGAUGAAUAAGGGCAUGUUCAUGUUAGAUGGAAUGUAUAAGGACUUUGAAAACUUAGUGGACUGUAUUUUACUCUUUUCAU